AAGUCCAAAAUUCUUGAUCAUGUAGGUGAUGCAAGCUAUAAAGAAAGCAAAGGAGAGAGGAUAUUCAGAUGUAUUAUACCUUGAUUCAGUACAUAACAAAUAUAUUGAGGAGGCCUCUGCUGCUAACAUUUUUCUUGUAAAGGGAAAAAUCAUUUCAACACCAGUUGCCAGUGGAACUAUUCUUGAAGGUAUCACAAGGAAAAGUAUAAUUGACAUUGCACAUGAUCUUGGAUACCAGGUUGAAGAACGUUUGGUUGAAGCAGAGGAAUUAAUUAAUGCUGAUGAAGUAUUCUGCACAGGAACUGCAGUUGGUGUUGCUCCUAUAGGAAGUAUUACUUACAAGAACAAACGGUAAUUUGUGGAUAUAUAUCCUUCGUCGAUUAGUUUAUCUAUAUGGUUGAAAUAUACAUGAGAUAUACAUUAUUAGUCUAUAUAUUAUGUACAUGUAUAUAUAUUAUACAUAUAACUUAUACACUACUGAUACAUUUUGCACAUAUU